UCUCUCCUUUUUGCUGCUCCCCCUGCCCAUCCCAUCCCAAUCCAAGCCAGCCCCAGUUCUUUUUUUCUUGCUAACAGUUUUCAAUCAAAAGAAACAAAAUUUCAAUACCACUUUGGGUUCAUUUUUGCUACCCCUUUUGCAGAUCUAUCAUCCCCAAUCCAAGCAGAAGUCCUAGUACCAUCUAUAUUUUGUCUUUUCCUUAAUUCUUCCAAUCACAAAAUCUCAGAUCAAAGCUGCGGAACCUUAACCCCAUUUGCUCCUGUGGUGUCCUUGGUUAUUGUUCCUACAGAAGUUCAAUUGAAUCUACACAUCAAUUAUGUGGAGAUUCAAGCCCUUCAUGCCCAAGGAACAGGCUGGGCUUGAAGGUCGCACUAUUGACAUAGGUAACCUCAAAAUUCAAGUUCGCAACGCCAUCGCAGAGGGUGGGUUUUCUUGUGUUUACUUAGCACGAGAUGCUAUACAUGGUACAAAGCAGUAUGCUCUAAAGCACAUUAUAUGCAAUGAUGAAGAAUCUCUUGAACUAGUGAUGAGAGAAAUUUCUGUCAUGAAAUUGCUCAAGGGACAUCCUAACGUCGUUCCACUUUGUGCGCAUACCAUCUUUGAUAUGGGCCGCACAAAGGAAGCUCUUCUUGUCAUGGAUUAUUGUGAGAAGUCUCUGGUGACCAUGCUGGAUAAUAGGGGAGCAGGUUUCUUGGAGGAGAAACAGAUUUUUACGAUUUUCAGAGAUGUGUGCAAUGCUGUCUUUGCAAUGCACUGCCAGUCUCCACCUAUUGCUCACAGAGACUUGAAGGCUGAGAAUCUUUUGCUGGGACCUGAUGGAUUAUGGAAGUUGUGUGAUUUUGGUAGUACGUCUACUAAUCACAAGCGCUUUGAGAAGCCAGAGGAAAUGGGAAUUGAGGAAGACAAUAUAAGGAAACAUACAACACCUGCCUAUAGGGCCCCUGAGAUGUGGGAUUUAUUUCGGAGAGAUAUUAUCAGUGAGAAGGUUGAUAUAUGGGCUCUUGGGUGUCUAUUAUACCGCAUAUGCUAUUUGAAGUCAGCUUUUGAUGGGGAAUCCAAGCUACAAGUCUUAAAUGGAAAUUAUCGCAUCCCAGAAUUACCAAAAUACUGCACUUCUUUGACAGACCUUAUCAGAGAUAUGCUUCAAUCAUCACCAGAUUCCAGACCAGAUAUAACACAGGUCUGGUUUCGUGUCAAUAGCUUGUUACCUGAAGGUUUGCAAAAGUCAUUGCCUGACAGACCUCCAGAAAUGGAUCAGCGGGCUACCGAGGGUCAUGAAGGAAUUCCAAAACCUACUGCCAAGACCCAUCCUAUGCCACGUAGAAAUCCACCACCUCCUCCCUCAGCAGCUGAACCUGCUAGGAAUUCGCAAACAACACACAAUUCCAGGCCAGCUGGAAGUGCGGGUCCUUUAGGAGCCUUCUGGUCCUCUCAACACGCAAAGGAUUCAUACCUUUCUGAGGACAAUACCAGACCUAAAUUUGAUGAAGAGUUAACUAGCCAUUUUUCAUCAAGAAAUGAUAUUAAUCGGUUGGAACAAAUUCCAGUUUCCAAACGAGCUAGUACUCCUGAAAACAUCAAUAUCUCAAACUAUCCUGUCCAAAAGAAUGUGCCUGAAAAAGUAGCAAGCAGGUCAGGGGAUGGUUCUUCAAACGACUUUGAGAUCAAUCUGUUCAACGAUAAUUUGGGCCGUAGUACCGAAGGGGUAAAAGCACCAAAGUCAGAGAGUACAGCUGGCUUUCCAGCAUUCACUGCUUUUGUAGCUGAAUUUGGUGAUAAGUUGACCCCUCAAAGUAACAGUAGGAACUUAGCGAAGGAAGAGUUGUUACAAGCUGAAAUAGAAAAGCUAAAGGAGCAGGUGACGCAAAUAAAUGUGGAAAAGGCGGAAAUAACCUCCAAAUAUGAAAAGCUAUCAGCAAUAUGCCGAUCACAGCGACAGGAGAUACAUGAGCUUAAACAAGCUCUUGCCGCAAGAACUCCUUCACCGAAAAGAGAAUCCUUCAAAACUCAAGCGUCUUUUGCAAGUCAUCCAUCUACUGCACCGAAAGAAAAGAUUGAAGGAACGGUCUGGGAACUACAACAAGGAUUACUUGACCAGAGUUCUACAAGCCCUGAUCCUAGGGCUUGGCAGGCUUUUGCUGAUGAUCCUCCACCACUGACAUCUGUAAACAGCAAUUCCAGAUCUGUUAGAACAAGAAAUGGGCGCCAAACCAAUCAUGUUUCUGAAGUUAACUCAGGUGCCAAUACAUGGGGAUUUGGAACAGAUAAUUUCAAGGCAGCUCCUGCUGCCAGCUCUCAUAUAAAUGCACACACUGUUGAAGCAACUAAUUCUCAGCGUUUCAGUGAAAGAAAGGAUAUAGAAAGCAGUCAAACUUCCCAGCCUGCAGGAUGGGCUGGUUUUUAGUCUAGAUAUUUGCAACAUGUUUGUCAAAUGUUGGGAGAAUGAAGAUACAAAGUUAAAAAGAGUCCAAAAUAGAAGAAAUGUCGUUACCUGCAGUUGUUUGUGACAUUGAAAUGGCUUGUCAUGCAGAUUUUGCUUGUGGAUUCAACUAUCUGAUAUCCCAUGUCCUUCCAAAGGAUGAGGAGAUUGUAGAGUGUAAACCUUAUACUUUUUGCGGAAACAAAUAACCAUAGAUUCUUCACUUGGAAGCUGCUGCUUCUUUUAGAACAUGAUGGUGAACCACCAUGAUGCAAGAGCUGGCAACUUGUAGACUUCUGUAACUCUCCGAGUGCGAGAAGCUUGUUUGUAUUUUUACUUCAACUCCCAUGAUAAUAUCUGAAAACCAAGCGCUAUAGCCAGUUUCUUGCCAGUCAGCUUCCCACAGAUGCUAGACUAAUGACAAGACUCAGGCAAUCCACCGUUGUAAUCAAUCUUUCAGCCAGCUUCUACAGGAGCAAGUAUACUACCACUUGUGUUGGCAUGACAGUUCA